GUUGUGAGCGUUGUAGUGCGUAGUUGGACCAUUCUACUUAUCAUGUAACGAAGGUCGAACUCUCAUAGAAGCACAGACUGUCCCUAAAAAAGCAUUGUAUCACGUUUGAAAGGCCACAGAACUAUAUAUUUGCUUUCGUAUCUCACCUCCAGGUUCUUGGGAAGACCUUACACUACAGCAUACUACAGCAAAUCCAAUCCAAAGUGAAGGAUGGUUAGGUGUUAAAUGCAUGAACGAUUUCUUGCUAUUUGUAGCUUGUAAGUGAGCUCGUGUUAUGCAUACGAAAACACUGUAACUCUAUUGGGAGAUUCAGGACUUGAUAUCUUAUUGUUACCAGAGCAUUGUGAAUUCAGUGUUUUACCCGGCCCAUGUAAGAAAUGGCGUCUUCAGACCAGUGUUCAUUAAGUUUUUACCUGAAAAUACUAAAUAUCAUUUAAGGAUAUGCUGGUUGGUAGGGCUAUUGUAGACCAUGGUAGGUUCCCAAGGGCAGUUUGUGAAUGGUAUAAACGUGCUAAAGAGAUAUGAGGCUUGGUGUGGACCAUUGGAUAUUUACUAACAGCCGUGCGAAUAGGCCUGGAGGCUAAUGAGGCCUUAUAUAUGGAUACGUCUAGGCUAGUCUUAAUUGGUCCCUGGAUAUUCGGGAGGAAUAUAAACGUUGGCAACUCCCCAAUCACGAGAACAACUGUCAACGAUUAGGACUAUGGAGGCGUUAGCCAAGUUCCAGACUACUCACCGUGUUGCUACUGCGAGUGGCAUUGAAACAGAGGAGUCAUUGCUUUCGGAGUCAGCAGCAAGAGAGACUUCACUAAAUUCCCAGAUUAUCGAAUUAGAACUCGAAGCCAAACAGUGCCGUGCAGAACUCGAAAGAGUACAGAGUGAGAAAUCAAGAUACUACCAGGAAUUUUCCGAGCUACUGAAGGAAAAAGAGCUAACAGAUCAUGAGAAGAAACAGUUGAAAGCAGAACUGAAGGACCUGAAGUUUCGUGAGACACGGUUGUUCCAAGACUAUGCGGAAUUGGAAGAUGAAAACAUCACGUUACAGAAACAGAUAUCUAGUCUCAAAUCUUCACAAGUUGAAUUUGAAGGAGCCAAACAUGAAAUCCGCCGGCUACAGGAAGAAACGGAGGUACUUAAUUCCCAAGUGGAAGAGUUGGCCAAUCUCAAAAAGAUUGCGGAGCGACAAAUGGAAGAGGCGCUCGAGUCUUUACAGGCUGAACGGGAGGCCAAGUAUGCCCUGAAGAAGGAACUUGACAGCCGAAUAAAUUCUGAAUCGAUGUACAACUUGUCCAAUCUUGCUAUGAGCAUGAAACUCUCAGAGAGCACAGAUUUUGGGGAAAGUGAUGGUGAGGAUGAUACGCCUGUCUUACGGAGAUUAGAGUCAGAGUUAAUGAGUUCAGCGGGUGGCGGCGAAACCCUCGGAGGUGAUUUGUUCUCAGAAAUUCAUCUUAAUGAGCUUAGAAAGUUGGAAAAGAAACUGGAGGAGGUUGAAAGUGAAAAAGGCCAGCUGACAACGAAUCUCAAGGAGAGCCAGGAGAUGCUGGAGAAAGCAAGAGGAGAACUGGAUGCACAACAUGCCAGGGUUUCACAUCUCAUUGGGCACAUUUCAGCCCUUGUCAGAUUGCAUGACCAGGAGAAUCCCAGUCAGAUGAAUUCAGAAGAUGCUGCUAAGUUGGUAGGCUUCUUGGAAAAGCAAAAGUCAAGGUAUCAGUUAGCAAGCAAGGAAAUUGUCGAUCUCAAAAAAGUUUUAGCUGACAUUCAAAAUAGCGAAGGUGGUGGAGCAAGCGAUGCAGUCCAAACGCUAAGGAAUGAAGUCGCAACACUCCGUUCUAGGUUGGUGGAUGCAGAACAAAAGUGCCUUGACCUUGCCAACGACACCAACAUCCUCAGUCAGAUGAUGAAUAGUCGUGAAGGAUCUCUAUUUAUUACACAGAAUGACCUAGGAAAUAUAAGUGAGGAGCUAGCACAGCUUUACCAUCAUGUAUGCACUGUCAAUGGAGAAACUCCCUCUCGGGUUCUUCUCGAUCACAGUAAGCAGGGCCAUACAACUGAUAAAGUAAAAGGAUCGGCUAAACCACCUAUGAAAUCUGCAGGUGACGAGGAGGGUCAGAAGCCAUCGUCUCCUACUUUAGCUGCAUCGCGUUUAGAAGCACUUAAGAAUAAAUUACGCACAGACGUACCACUCUCUGAUUUUGUUGACAACAGUGAUCCUGUAGCUGUUCGUGAAACGGUUGACACUAUUGUUGAUCAGAUAAGACACUUGAAAAAGUCUGUUGAACACACCAUAGAAUUGAGUAAAGAGAAAGGACCAAUUCGAGAAUCUACUUCAGCAUCUGAUAGUGGGUUAAGUGAGAGUGAGGUUCAGGAACUUCAGGAACAAGUAAUUAAACUGAAAUCACUUUUGUCCACAAAGAGAGAGCAAAUUGCGACUCUGCGUACCGUCCUAAAGGCCAAUAAACAAACUGCUGAGGUUGCAUUGGCCAAUCUGAAAUCUAAAUAUGAAACUGAGAAGAGCAUUGUUUCGGAGACCAUGAUGAAGCUUCGCAAUGAACUGAGACUUCUGAAAGAAGAUGCUGCUACGUUCUCAAGUUUACGAGCUAUGUUUGCGGCGAGGUGUGAGGAGUAUGUUACACAGUUGGAUGAGGUUCAGAGACAAUUAGUUGCUGCAGAGGAAGAAAAGAAGACUUUAAAUUCUCUAUUAAGGAUGGCAAUUCAGCAAAAAUUGGCGCUAACGCAACGACUAGAAGACAUGGAAUGUGACAGAGAAAGACUGCACUUACGAAAACACACUGGCAGUCGUGGGAGAGCGCACGGUUCCCGUUUCAAUAACCAGCCUCAUGGUGCUUCAUCACAACAUCACUACCAACGACGUGAAAACUAUUAAAGAGUAUUUACUUAUAUAGGGGACAGUCAUGGAACCAGGAGUAAUUUUAAAUCUGCUUAGGUUUGUCCCUCAAUAAGUUGAGAAAACUUUCUGUAAAUUAAUUUCUUUGGUUGUUAUUUUUCUAAUUUGUGUGGAUACAGUCCAUAUUGGAUCCCUUAGUAUAAUGUUAACAAAAUUGCUGGCCAGUUAAUCUUUGUUUUUUUUAAAGUAGUACUCUUAUACUGUAUUGGUGCCAGGUUGAGUCUAUUGGGAAGAAUGCAAUCUUUGCAGUUUGAUUUUUGAAAAGUUUAUAUUCAUACCUGGUGGCUUUCUUAGUAAAAAACGAUCACUGAAGAAAAUUUCUUCUCCAAGUCAGAGCGAGUGUUUCUUCACUCAUGCUAAACUCUCACAAGGUUGAAUAAAUUGUUUUAAUGCUUCAGUAUAAAAUGUUUUUGGCCCAAGCCAAGUUUUUAAAUUGUUCUUAUCAGACAUUACAUAAAAGAUACUCGAAUAGUUUUUAUUUAUCAUUCCGGAAAGCCAGACUUGCAGAUUUGAGUGUUAUAUGACGUCCAGUUUCAGGCUGACCUACAAAAUUGUUAACAGAUACCUGAUAGCAUAUAAGAAAAUUGGGAGUAACAAUUGAGAGAUUUAUUUUAAAUGACAAACUGAGAAAAAGUCCUUCUUGCCUAAAUGAUAUUAAUUUUAGAAAUCACAGUUAUAUUAAUCUUGCAAGGUAUUAGUGUUGAAUAUAUGUAUAGACAAAGCUUUCUUACAUAAAGUUGUGUUGAAAUCUGUUGUAUUAUUUUUCAUUAAAUGCAACAAAUGCAAACAUUUGAAUGUUUUUGUUGAUUUUAAUUUUGUAGGUAUCAUGUAAUCUCAAAGAUAAUUACUACCAGACUUUAAUUACUAAAGUCGUUCGUACAUGUGCUACAUACGAGGCCUUUCAGGGUAUUAGUCCAAGAAAAAUAAACUGACAAGGAGUAAAAAAAAAAAAAAAACUGGCACAUGUAUACACAUUUUCUGUAAUCAUGAAACCAGUUACUUUGUCAUCACAUGUGAAAAAUUAUGUCAGAUGAUGGAAGUAAAGUACGCUGUGGGGAAAAUGGUAACUGAGAAAUAAAUUUGUAACAUUUUGAUAAACUUUUGGGUUUUUCGCCAUGGAAUGAAUACACUUCUUAAUACAGUGCUGAAGUGUUGAACGUCUGCGUAUCUCUAGCAUGCCUUAUAUAUUGGAGGAUAUUAAAUUGAAUUUCUUUUAAACAGUAGGGGGAAACAAUCUGCUAAUGGUCUCAGGUGGGAAAGUACAUAGCUGUUACUUUCACUUCAACUUUUGGUAGUAUGAAUCUCAGAGCUAUAACAUGACCAGACUUGCAAUGUAUCAUCUGUAUAUAACUCAAGGUGCAUAUUCUCAAAGUCAGUAUCAUGCAGUGUAACUCAUGAAGUCUUGACCAGGUUCCUGUUAUAGCAGCCAUGUACCUUUACAGGUCAUGAAUCAGUUUUGUGAAUGACCUGCUCAAGUUAAUGUACUUACAAACAUAUCUUUUAAUUUCCUGAUACUUGACAAAUUUGAACUGACCUCUAUUUCUCCCUCCUAUUUUCAAUGCAACAGUGACUUGGGCUCUUGCAUACAGUUUAUAUGUAACGGCAUACUGUCACAAAGAGCAGGGAAUUUCUGUUGACGUACAAGUUUUGUUAACCGUUCUUUAAUGCUCUCCUCAGUAAGAUUUAAAACAUUCUAGGUUAUGAAAUGAUCAAGAUUUCAUGUACACAUGGCAAUACUAUUAAUUUUGCAGGUAGAUAAUUUUCACCCAUGGUUAUAGAAAAUGUCUUAUGGUUGCAAGUAGAUAUUUCACCCAUGGUUAUAGAAAAUGUCUUAUGGUAAAGAAGUACCAGUGUAGCAAUUUUUCAACCACCUUUUGUGUUGACUAUUCACAUGGCUUAGGACCAGCCUUGCUUUUUGCUGUUAAAUUUAUUUACACUUGAAAGCUUUGUUGUGAAGGUAGCCUAUAUUGUGCAGUUUCACAGGCUUUUUAUGUUGAAUGGUCUGUAGUAAAUCAGUUGGUAUUAACCAGAAGAUGCAGUAAAAGUAAAAAAGUAUUUUCCUUGUACAUAUACAGGUUCAUAAAAGCUAACAUUACAAAAAUCAGAUACAGUUUCUUAGGAAAUAAUGUAAAUUCUUAUUAACAUACCUUAUUAUAUUUGCUACAAGUAGUAGCUGGUUUUUUAUAGUGAUAUUUAUGGGAUUACUGAAUUUUAAGUUUUGCUGCUGUUUUUUUAAAGAAGGAUUACCCUUGCAAAUAAAAAAAUCCAUGUUAUAAAUUGUUAUACAGACAAUCUUAUGUACAGAGGAAACUACUACUUUAAUUGUUUGAUGCCAAGCAUACAUUGAACUGUACUCCAGUACUGUAGUUUCCAAAACACACUUACUACUUUGGGGUUUUGAGAAAAUGACAGCUAUUUUUGUAAAUAUUUUAUAAGUUAUGCAGGAAGGCAUUGGAGGUAUGUUAGUGAGGAAAUGUAUGAAAAAUUUAUUCACAAAUAAUGUAUACAUUUGUUAAAUCCAUGAAUCCAGAAUUCAGUGCUUUUAACAUAUAUGUAUAUGUAUGAAAAGUCAUGACUGUAAUUUAAUUUUUGGCUUUUACACUUUUUUUUCUAUUACUAUGUUGUUGAAUAAUUUUUUUCUGAAACAGAGUUCACCGUUUUUCUGCUCAUAAUGCAUACGAUCCUUUUCUUUAUACUACUCAGAAAAUUAUCCUUUCAUAUAUUGUAUUAUUUAACUGGCCAAUAUUUGGCUUUUUGAAUCAGGAUUUAACACAAUAAUUUCCACUGUAACUGUUACUUUGUGUCUGUUUUGUUGGAACACUGUUAGAUGAGCAGUUAUGUGAAAUAGCAGCUGUUCAUAAUUGGUUUAUUUACAGGUAAUGGCCAAACUUUGUAAACUGGCAUAUUUUUUCUUUACAGUUUUAUCACAAGAGAUUACUGAUCACAUAUUUGCAGCUAUUUUUGUUGUUACCUUAAAGCCACUUCGUCUUGAUAUGGCUGGUGUAGCUUGUAAAUGAGACUGUAUGUAGUAAGGUGUUUUUGAGGACGACCAAAUUGCUCCGAAUAACCGUACACUACACAAUUUCCUUAUUUAAUUAUUGGUAUUCCCCGGGUGAAUCAAUCCCCAUAAAUUUAAUGAAUGAGUAGAAGGAACAAUUUAGCAUGAAAUACUAAAGGGGAAGGUGGAAAACAGUUUUGAGCCCAGCUUGAAUUAUAUGGCAAAAAAGUUCUCAGGCUACACUGGUUUAAGCCAGAUUUGUUAUGUGCUGAAAAACAGAUAUUUAAACAUGUCUUAAAUUUGUAUUGUUUGACAAAUAUUACUUGUUAAUUAUUGUCAGCAUGGAAGCACACAGAAGUCUCACAUCUAAUGUUAUGUUUAUAGACUAAUUGUCUUAGGUGCAUCAUAGUCAUUUUUCCCAUAAUUUACAUUGUAUGACAAAAACUUUGCCAUGCUUGGCUAACAUAUAAUGCAAAAGUGCUGUUGGUUGUCUUUUGUUCCUCCUCCUUUUUGUUGUGCCAGUGGAGUGGAAGUGUUUCUAGAAAAGCUUUAUGUAAUUUGCUUUUACGUAGUCAAACUGGUUGUAUUUCUUGUAAUCACAUAUCAUACAUACGCCACGAUUUUAAGGUAAUUCCCGAAUGAGGUGAAGUUGCAAUGCUUAGUGUUACAGUAUAUUUCCCAUUCACAUUUUUACAUUGUAGUCAAUCUGCCUUAUAAGUAUGUUAAUACUCCUCAUUUGCCAUUUUACAUGGUCAUUAAUAAUUAAAGGAAAAAAAUGCUUAAAGUACCUUUCAGUAGUAUUUACUGAAGAGUUGUCUGCAUGUAAACUAAUGCAGUGAAUGUUCCAACUUUUCUUAUUGUAGCACAAUGAAAAAUUGUCCUUUAUAUUGAAAAACACUGUUCUUGAAUAACGUGCAUAAAAUAUAAAGUGUGCAAAGGUUUACAUACAGUAGCUUAGGAAUGUCCAUAGUUAUUACACUUUGGUUAAUUUCAAUUUUAUUUCUUGCAACUUUGUGCAGUUUUGUAGUGAUAUUUUAUUUUUUACAACCAAAGAUACUCUUGUUGUUUGUUUGUACCAAGAUUUAUUUAAAGGAUAAUCUCCAAAGGUAUGCACUUUUGUUAGACUUACAUGCUAAAGCCCUUCUAAAUGGUUGAUGUUACUUUCCGCUCUUUCGAACUGAAAGCAAUCUAAUUGUGUAUUCUCUCAAUUUUUUCAUCUAAUUUCAAAGUAUUAUCUACUUAAAAUCAUGAUAGUGUAUAGGAUUUUUUUAAACUUAAUUUGAAUUUUAUACAAUCCUUUCCUGUUACUCAUCACUUUUUCUCUUCUACAAUUUAAAAAGUUAACAACUUCUUAUAACUUACAGGUUGCUUCUGUUCCAUUUUAAAGGAUGUGGAAUUCAUUUCAGGUUUAUUUCACAUUACUAUAAUUGUUAUUAUUAUUAAGUAGUUUAACCAGACCACAGCUGUGGAUAACUUUAUCAUUGCAGGGUCGAUAUGUCCUACCAUUAUAUUUGGAAUGAAUGUUACGAAUGGUUUAUAUGGUGAGAGGGCAAGGUAACUUACUUCAUAUUGCCUAAUUUAUUAGCUUUAAGACCAAUGUAAAAAUCAAUUGCAUAUUUUGAUUUGAUGUAGUUGUGCUUUCACUGUGAAUAGUUUACGUGAUAUUUCUUGGAAUAAUCGGCAUGUUCUUCAACGGUUUUCAUUGGUGCAGCUUCAAGUAUUUGAAUGUAGUUCUCUGAUUUCACUUCAGGGAAUUCAAGACACCUUUUUUAUAAUGGACAAUGUUUCAUUAGCACAUGAAUUAAUUUAAAGCACGCAAAUAUUGUCUGUUUUCAUAUGUGUUCUUGUGUCUCUCCAAGAUGUACCUUAAGUAUCAGUUGUAGAUGGUACGGUGAAACAGCUGAGAGGGAGCUUGUUCACUCUCUCAACUACGUGCAUUCACUAUUUGUAUAUCAUUCUUAUUUAAAUUGAAUUGAUCCUUUGCUGGACUGGCUGUCAUUGCCAGAUUCAAACAGUAUUUCAUUCAUUGCAGCUAUAAAAGUUGGAUGUGUUCAAUAACCAAAGGGAUGAUUAGUUUAAUUCUGUAAACUGUUAUAUAACUUUAUAACAUAGAAACUGCCACAUGUAUGUAAAUAAUAUUUGGAAUGUAAGCCAUGUGUAUGUUGUUCCAUCAUACAUGUGGGUUUAUCUUGGAACACUGCUGUUAACAUGAGUGAUGAAUAUAAAAAAUACAAAACACAUCAGCUUCCUGUGCUUAUGGUUUUUUGUCAACUUCAUAAAGGCAACGUUGCGGAACUCGAUGGAUUUUGUUUUUAUGAUAAAACUCUUUAUAUCUUUUAAGAUACUUUACAUCACAGUGGGAGUCUUAUGUUUAUAAAACAAUUUUUUUACUUUAUUUUCCACUCUUUUUACAUGUAUCAUUGGCCAUAUGCAUAUCACUUCUCACUGCAAGUGAAGCUUUAAACAAGUCUUUGUUAUUUAAUUGGUAAUCUCAGUAUUAGCCUUUCUUGAAAAAAUUAAAAGUGAGAAACUAUUUUAAACUUAAGAGUUUGGUUCAAAGAAAUUCUGAACCAGAUUCAUUUUAACAAUAAGACUCGAGUCUUCAAUCCAAACAGAUACUCAUUUUAACCAGGCAAGAUGAAUUAUGCAAUCGUUGGUUUUGGACACUGUGAAUGGGUAGUAUGGUGCAUAUUCAAAUUAGAUUUUAAAUUUUGUCUAUCUACACUAACAUCUGUGAAUGUAUUAAGUAAUUUUUCAAAGUAAAAAGUGAAAGUUUUUAUAAAGAUAGAUUAAAACUAUUUACGAGGUAGUCUAGUCAGGUUACAUGUAGAUUAAUUGUUUUUACAACAUUUGGAAAAGUUUAGAAAAAUUCAUUCAUCAAUUUUCUUAAAAUGUAGACUGACAGAUCUAAACAAUGUAUUUCAGUGAAUCAAGGUUUUACAUAUGCACUGUUGACUCAAAAAAGUUUAAGUGAUGCAUUUUGUAUUGAAACCAACAAACUGUACCAUCUCAAGAAGGUCUUCGGAACCUUUGAACAUCAUCACGCUUCUUUUGCAGGCACUGUGGCACUCACAGUAUUUUUACUUUUGUAUCUGCUCUUCACUGAGGAAGGACUGUAAACUUAUUUGUAUCAUAGGACCUGUUUACAAUAAAAUGAAAAGUUGA